AAUGCUCGGCGCAACAAGAUAUUUUGGCGGUGAUUCCCGCCGAGUAAUUGCUUCAGUCUAGUUAACUGAGGCAGUUGCAAAUAUCUUCCAAGCUCCAGCAGAACCACAAGUUGUCCCCGAUCAAACCACAAACCUCUGCAUUGUCGUCAAAGCUGUUACCGUGUUGCCCACCAUGAGCGUCUCGUCGGUCAGAAUUUACAUCAACAUGGCCCUCGAGUAUCUCGACUCGCCGUACCGCGUCGACGAUGUCGAGCCAAACCUGGUCCAGGCCGAGCAACGCCUCGCGAAUCUCUCGCCAGAAGACGCGGCUCCUCUUGUCGCGCAGAUUGCCGACAUACGCGCUAAGUUGGACAACUUGGUCAAGCCUGCGGAUGCGCGUCAGAUCAGUGCCGCCCAGGGCAAGAUCCGCCAGGCCCGCGACUACAUCGACACCAAUCGAGGCCGCCUCUCCCAGUCGGACAAGGACUUCGUCGAGGAACUCUUCCGAGGUGCCGUCCAGUUCCUUGACCAGAUCACUGACGCCAACAAGGCGGAUAGGCUGAAGGCUCCCGUUCUCGACGAGAUUGCCCAGAUCCGCGCGCAAUAUGGCACCGAUAGUUCGGCUCCUCCCCCUCCCCCGAAACCUGCCACUCCUCCUCCGCCGUCCCAGAACUACUACAACGCCAAGCGAGCCGUGUUCUGGGCGAACGAAUACUUUACCUCGCCCGGCCGCAUUGGCCAAGUCGAGCCAGAACUAGCAAAGGCCGAGACCCUGCUCGAGGGUGACGGUUCGGCAGAGGCUGCGGGACUCGCGGCCGAGAUUGCAAGCAUGCGAGAGAAGCUUGCAGACAUGGUUUCGCCUGAAGACGAGAGAAACGUUAGCGCAGCUCAGGGCAAGCUCCGUCAGAUUCGAAACCAUGCCGACAGAAACGGCGGGCGGGUUUCCGAUUCCGACAAGGAAUUCUUUGAACAGCUGUGCCGCGGGGCCGUCGAGUAUCUGGACAAGAUCACCCAUCCACGCAAGGCCGACGAGCUCAAGGCCCCCGUUCUCGCCGAGAUCUCCCGGAUCCGUGCCCAGUACGGCGUCACCGGCCCCGCGCCUUCUGCUCCCGCUCCCGCUCCGCCUUCGAAGCCCCAGAACUAUCCCCCGCCGUCUCAGAAUUUCUACAAUGCCAAGCGCAAGGUAUUCUGGGCCAACGACUACUUCACUACGCCUGGUCGCAUCGGGCAGACGGAGCCCGAGCUGGCCCAGGCCGAAGAGCUCCUAAAGAAUGAUGCGUCUCGCGAGGCGGACGAUCUCCGCGCCGAGAUUGCCGGCCUCCGCCAGAAGGUGGCCGACAUGCUCAGGCCGUCAGGGCAGGGCCAAGCCCGUUCUGUCCCGGGUCAGGCCCAGUCUGUCGACAUGAACACCCUAUCCUUUGACGACCAAGACCGCCUGAACCGCGCCAAGCGGGCCAUCGGACAGGCCCGCAACAACAUCGAGUCCAACCGCACCGAAGGCGUCGAGAACCUGUUCUUUGACGCCACGAGCCUGAUGGCUCCCGUCGGCGACGCACACAAAACAAACCUCGUCGCCGAGAUUGAACAACUCCGGAGGGACCUGGAAGCCACGCGGCUGGCCGAGAGCACCCGCCGGCUGACCGGCGAGCUGGACCGCGGACUCGGGCGCGUCGAAAUGGACACGGACGCGCCCGACCGCCUGCCGUACAGCGUGCAAUUGUUCAAGCAGCGGCUGGAACAGGACGACGUGCGGCAGACCCUCACCCCCGAGGCGUACCGCGGCUACGAGACGAGGCUGGCCGAGCUGCUGGCCGCCGGCGCCGCGCGCGUCAAGGCCGAGACGCUAGACCGCGCGAACCCGGCGCUGCAGCGGCUGCACGACAGGCUCGCCGCGAACCCGUUCACCGACCUCACGCAGUAUGACGCGAGCAAGCUCGACGGCGAGCUGCGCAGCAUGCGCUGGCAGGUUGAGCGCGAGAUCACCAAGCUGCCCGACGACGACGCGGAUCGGCUGCGGAUUCAUGACGAGCUCAAGCGCACCGACGCCCAGGUCGAGGCUUACUCCAACGACUGGGCUCUGGCUGGCGUGCACAAAGCAGUCCGGCACGGCUGGCAGAUGAUCCUCGACGAGAUCGCCGGAUGGGAGGACGAGGCUCUCGACGCCGACGCCGCGCCGCUCGACGACCCGCGCAUGCCGCAGACGCGCCUCGCCAUCCAGCGCGUGCACUACUACCUGCACCGCGACAGCUCGGCACAGGGCACGCGCGACGAGAACCCCGGCGAUGCCGUCGUCGCGGCCGUCGACGCCGAGGCGGGACAGCUCCUCGCGGCCGCCGGAAGCAAGCUCGCGGCGGCGUUCGACGCACUCGUGGCGGCCGCCGAGCAGCUGCCGCCGCCCGUCGAGGACCGCUGGCUGCGUGACAAGCCGGGGUCGCUGCUCAGCAGCGCGCGCGGCGCGCUCGAGGGGACCGCGUCCAGCGACGCCGUGCUGGCGCGCAUCCAGGCGCUCGACACGCGCUGGCAGGGCGCGCUGGCGGACGUGCAAAAGGCGCGCGAGGAGCUCGGCGCGAAACUCGCGCGCGACGCGCUGCAGCAGUGGCCGGCCACCGUGGCGGCGAUCCCGGACGUCAUUAGCGCUGCGAACGGCUUCGACCCGUCGGCCGCGCGCCCGGGGGACGCGGUUCUGCUCGCCGGCGUGUACAACCGCGCUGGCUGGGACUUUGACGGCGGGCAGUACGGGUUCGCGAUGCGGUUCGCCGGCGUGCCGCUGGGCGGCGUCUACGAGGGGUAUGUGGACAAGGCGCUCGACCAUGCGGCGUACGAGCUGAAGCUGGCCAUUGAUGACCACAAGCCGUGGGAUGUGGUGGGCGUCGUGCUGGGCCCGGGAUCUAUCCGUGAGCGCACGAAGCGUGUUAUCCGCCGCGGUGGGGUGGAGGAGACGGUUGAGGAGUGGUUGCCUAUUGAUUGCUUGCGCCUGCGCGUUGUGGCGCUGCGCGCGGGUCCUGUUGUUGUUGGUCCGCAGAGUUGAAGAGGUAGAGUUUGUGGUUGCUCGGAUGUGUGUUGGUUUCGGGCUGGAUGUCGGAGCAGACCCUUUCGGUCUUCGACCUGCUUGUCUUCUGUCGAAGUUCGAACUUCUCUUCUCAGGGGUUGCGAAUAGUGUCAGUGUUCCAUAUUAUUCAGUAUUGUUGUACGAGCCAUCUUGACUAGUCCGAUCGCAUGUAACUUGCUGUGAACCCGAUUGUGUUACCGGUGAUCGCCACCUGCAAGUUGACUGUGGGACAGAUAGGUUGUAGGUUUGG